ACUAGCAGCUGUCGAAACGCAUUUUCCCGAUCUUCAACAAUAGUAGCAAAUUAUCCCAGCAUCGAGAUUUAAUCCCUCGCGGUACGUUAUCGAAUUCGGAUCCUGACAUUUUCCCACUGUCGGAACCAUCGCAGCGGACUAGUGCAUCGGAAGAUCAAUUUAAACCGCGGUUUCAGAUAACGGGCAAUGUGAAAAAAUGCCCGAAAAAGGAGGAAAAGAUAAACUUCUUGGCACUAAGUGACAGUUCCAUUUCGCGUUGAGAGAAAACUUCCUGCGAGUUUGAGAAACAGUGUGAGAAUGAGUACCCACACAGAUACAGGUGUGAGGAAAACACGACGGUUGUGAGAGCGGACAGAGAGAGAGAACGAGAAGAUCGCACGGUUCGUUGUAAGUUGCCGAUCCGUUCUAAUGAAGCUGAUCGAACGUGGUGGAAAACGAUGAUCGAAAUGAGACGAGCGAAUUAUGGAAAUGAAUUGUUAAACAUUUAGUUCUUGUUUGCUUCUAAAAUUAGUGGCGGGAAAUAGAGUCGUGUUGGUCGAAUCCGCGGGAGAAAGCCGGAAAAAAACAAAUUGUGUGAACACUGGGAAAAACAAAUUCCUCGAGAAUGAAUCGACAGCGAUCGUCGGUGCGGAGCCGGGGAUCUUCCUCGACCACCACCAGUGACCCGCGGGAGAAAGUGAAGGACUGCUGUCGGAAGUUUAUCGCAUUUAUGUGCACUCAGGUUGGUGUCGGUGGUUUGAUCGUUGUGUACGCCUUGGUCGGAGCAGCUAGUUUCAUGUCGAUAGAAACACAGGAACCGAAUCCUUUGAUAGAGCAUGUAGCAAAUUUGAGGCGGAAUUGUGCGGCAGAACUGUGGGAAGUGACCGAGCAGCACAACCUGUUCAACAGUUCCAUCUGGCAUCUGGAUGCGGAUUUAGUGCUCAAACGUUAUCAGGAUGACUUUGCCGAGGCGAUCCGUCGGGGAUACGACGGACGAACUCCGGAGGAGGCGUGGAACUUUCCAGCGGCGUUAAUGUUCUGUUUGGCUGUCUUCACCAUGAUCGGCUACGGAAACAUGGUACCUCGGACGGCUUGGGGUAAAGGUGCUACGGUGAUUUAUGCCACAUUCGGAAUACCACUGUAUAUUCUGUACUUUAUGAAUAUGGGAAAAGUUCUCGCUUCCACUUUUAAAUGGCUCUACACUUGGCUUCACGAAUGUAGCCAUGAUAACGAUGAUGACCUGGCACUCGAAGACGGAAAUGGAGUACCGCAACGUAAACGAAUCAUAGUACCAACGACGGCCUGUCUGUGGGUCAUUUCGAUUUACAUUGCGACCGGUACGAUCAUGUUUGCCGAGUGGGAAAAAUGGUCCUAUCUGGAUUCAGCCUAUUUCUGUGUGACCAGUUUGUGCAAGAUUGGAAUCGGAGAUCUCGUACCAGGAGCGAACAUUCUGGACUCGCAAAGUGGCAAACCCACCAAAUUAGUGAUAAAUUUUGUCUACAUGUUACUCGGAAUGGGUCUGGUUGCCAUGUGUUACAUCCUUAUGCGGGAGGAGGUACGCAUCAAAAUGCAGGAAAUCAAAGAAGACACACGGCUUUGUUUGGAGGACAUGAGCUCCAAGUUUGCGAAGUGCUUCGGCAGCAGUAAGGAUUCCCAGUACUACGAUUGAAAUUCCAAUAGUGACAGAACAGGCGAUACAAAAUCAACUUUAUCUCAUGUGUUUUUCUAAGAGAUUCAUAUUUAAUACGUAGUGAGAAUUUUUGUCUUGUCAAAUAGCGUAAAUAAAAAA